AUGACCGCCCAGGGAGAGUGGCAGGUCCAGUUCAAGUUCGUCAUGGUGGGCAACAGCGGCACCAGGAAGACGACAUUCGUGAAGCACCACUUGAUGGGCAAGUUCAAGAACUAUGCAGCUACCCUGGGCAUGGAGGUGCACCCGCUCGUCUUCCAUGCUAACAGAGGACCCAUCGAGCUCAAUGUGUGGGACACAGCCGGCCAGGAGAAGUUCGGAGGCCUGUGUAAUGGCUACUGCAUCCAAGCCCAGUGUGCCACUGUAAUGUUUGAUGUACCAUCAGGAGUCACUUCCAAGAAUGCACCUAACUGGCAUAGAGAUCUGGUAUCUAUGUGUGAAAACAUCCACAUUGUAUUGUGUGGCAACAAAGUGGAUAUUAAGGACAGAAAAGUGAAGGCAAAAUCUGUUGUCUUCCACGGAAAGAAGGAUCUUCAGUGCUAUGACAUUACUGCCAAAAGUAACUACAACUUUGAAAAGCCUCUCCUCAGGCUUGCCAGAAAGUUCAUCGGAGACCCUAAUUUGGAGUUUAUUGCCAUGCCUGCUCUUGUCCUACCUGAGGUGGUCAUGGACCCAGCUUUGGCAGCAUAG